ACACACACUGAAGACUUGAGUGAGCGAAGUGUGUAACAGUAAAAGACUACAUCAACAGUUUCUUUUUCAGCGCAGAAUGCAAAGCUUCUCUUUUUGAUUCAUUUGAUUUCUGUGAACUUCUUUGUUGUUCUUCAAUGGCUUUCACUUUCUCACUCUAAAACUAAUAAUGGAGUUCGAUCUUGAGAAUCCAUUGAUGAGCUUCCAGGAACACCAAUUCGAUACAAUUUCACGUCUUUUCGCCAACGAAUCAGAUCAUAUGCCCUCACUUUCCUUCAAAGGGAGUAACUUCCUUGCCUCUGUUCGCCAAGAAGCUAUUUCUCUCAUUUUACAGGAAAAGUUCUCUUGCAAAUUUGACUCGUUCACAUGCUACCUCGCUGUUAAUUACAUUGAUAGGUUCAUCUCCAAACAAGAAAUCCCGCAAGGAAAGCCAUGGAUUGCAAGGCUGCUUGUAAUCUCUUGCCUCUCUGUUGCUGCAAAGAUGAACACCACCGAAAUUUCACUCUCUGAACUACAGAGAGAGGAAGGUUUCAUCUUCAAUGCACAAUCAAUUAAUCGAAUGGAGGUCCUCGUUCUCAAUACUCUGAAUUGGCGGAUGCGUUCUAUUACACCUUUCUCGUUUUUGUGUUUCUUCCUUUCAUUAUUGGAACUCGAAGAUCCGCAAUUGAGUCAAGGUCUCAGAGACCGAGCUUCGGAGAUCAUCUUCAAAACUCACUACGAAGUGAAGCUUUUAGAGUAUAAACCAUCGUUAAUUGCAGCAUCGGCACUUCUCUGCGCGUCUCGCGACUUAUUUCCGUCGCAAUAUACUUGCUUCGGCGUGGCAUUAUUCUCCUGUGAAUAUGUUGAUAAAGAGAAAUUGGUGAAAUGCUCGAGUGUAAUGCAGGACAUGGUAAUGGAUGGGUGCGAUUCAGUUUUUGAUGCAGUGGUGUCAAGUAGAACAAAGACUCCGAUUAGUGUUGUGGACCGCCAUUGCAAAAACACCGAAAGGGAGGAUACUUUAAUGGCAGAGAGAGACAACAAUAACAUCAAACGGCCGAGAUUGAACGGCGUUUGCACUGAUCAUGCAUUCCACUUUUCGCAGAUUCAGCGGGGCUGAGACAAACCACGGUGGAUGCCAAAGUCACGGGUCAAGGGCAGAUGCGAACAAUUAGAAGUGGACAUUUUUACGAGAAAAUGAAUGCGGGUUUGGAACGGCGGGAAAGAAAAUACAUGACAAAGCAGGAAGUUUCCAGGACAUUAGCUUCUUAAAAACGACGAGAAGAUAUUUUGGUGUGUACCGACCCGGCAAGAAUAGCACUGCAAUUUUAUUUUAUUGAAUGUUGUACGGAGUAUAUAUUUUCAUUUAGUGGAAAUUUCUAGGUCACAUAAUAUCUACUCAAACAUUUUUGUCCAAGAAUACGCCAUUAAAGUUUUUUAAGAGUUGUAAAAAUGGGGUCAAUGGAAAGCACAAUUUUGAGAACAUAACCAGUGUGGUCUGGUAUGAAGAAUUCAA